GUGCUCACGCCAUUAGUUUCCCUAUGAGAACAGAGACAAGGCUCGUUUCAUUGGGUUUGAGACGUGACCUGUUGUAUACCUCAUUCCAUUUUCUGAUUCUCCACAAGAUCUCAUUCUUACCACAGAUACAAUAAUAGCCAUCAAGCCAAAUCCAGCCGUUGGAUGCCACCACUUGAAAACCCGUUUUGUUCUUUUCCGAUUGUCAAUAAAAAUUCCAAGCAUAUCAAUAUUCUAGUGCACACAUAUUAUCUUCUCGGCUUUUGCAUUACAUGCUCCACUUUGUUCUUGCUUUUGUUGUGCCUCAUGGCUGCAACUGCAACCAACAACCCUCAAAUAACAAGGGAGGAAAUCCAAACUGCCAUAGCCAAAGCAGUGGAAUUAAGGGCCCUUCAUGCUGCAUUAACACAAGGAAGUAGUCCAGGCACAAACAAUGCUAGAUUUCCAUCACCUUCCCCUGCUUCUCACUUCUCUGCCCAAGACUACCCUGUUUUCACACCAAGUUAUGAAGAUGAGGCACACCAGAACUCAACAAGGAGCAGAACAAUAUCAGAAAGCUGUGAUGAGAAUGGGGUAGAAGGAGGAGAGAACAGCAUGACCCCCUCAGAUUACAAGGAGAAAUCAAAUUCAAGAAAGGGACUACCUUUUGGAUUUGGCAACCUUGACUCUCACAUGUGUCCUGCUGAUGAUGAUACCAAAUCUGUGACUGGUUCUUGUGCAAAUCACAUUACUGUUCUCCAAACAUCACCGGCGGCCACCGCGAAUGACUACUUCAAAUCCAGGAGGACAAACAGUUUGGGGGACUCGAAGCAGCCCCUAUCUUCCUGCAAUAGGUGCAACCCUGCUGUCAUAACUAGUGAAUAUGAGAACACAAGGAACAACAAGAGCUCCAACAUUGUUGUCCCCCUCACAGACUCCCAUGCCUCUUUCCAAACCCAACCAAGAAGUAAAGGGCUGAUUUCAUGGCUGUUCCCUAGGUUGAAGAAGAAGCAUAAUAAGAAUGUGAGUUCCCCAAGCAGAACAGAAUCUGAGGAAGUCUCUCAGGUUCUCAAGGACAUGGGGAUAGUGUCAGUUGAGGCACUGAAGAGGGAACUGAUGGAUGCAAAUGAGAGUAGAGAUGCUGCCUUGGUGGAAGUUUCUGAGAUGAGAUCUUCACUUGGAGAACUGAAACAAAAGUUGGAGUACGUAGAGAGUUACUGUGAAGAGUUGAAGAAAGCUUUGAGGCAAGCAAUACUCACAAGAGAAACCACAUUUUCUGAAAAGCUUAAUAGCCCUCCUCAGAGAGGAACACCACCCUUUGAUGGGAAUGGGGAAAAUUUGAUGCCUGUGGGUGAGGAUGUUAUGGUUGAGGGCUUCUUGCAGAUAGUGUCAGAAUCAAGGUUAUCGGUGAAGCAAUUCUGCAAGACCCUUAUAUGCCAGAUUGAAGAAACUGAUCAUUCUUUGAUGGACAACUUGAACUUGCUUCUCCAACCAUAUAAGCUCUCCUUGAAUUCCAAAUACUCAAAGGCAGUUCUAUACCAUUUUGAAGCCUUCAUAAACCAGUCCUUCUACCAAGACUUUGAGAACAGUGUGUUCCAAAAGAAUGGCUGCACAAAAUUCUUAGACCCUAGGCAAGAUCGCCAAGCACAAUUCUCAUCCUUUGUCGCGCUUAGGAAUUUGAGCUGGAGUGAGGUUCUCAGAAAGGGUACUAAGUAUUACAGUGAAGAGUUUAGCAAGUUCUGUGACCAGAAAAUGAGUUGCAUCAUUACUACACUGAAUUGGACUAGGCCUUGGCCUGAGCAACUCCUUCAGGCUUUCUUCGUGGCAGCAAAGUGCAUAUGGUUGCUACAUUUAUUGGCAUUUUCUUUCAACCCUCCAUUGGGAAUUUUAAGGGUGGAAGAGAAUAGAAGCUUUGAUCCUCACUACAUGGAAGAUUUGGUUACUGAUAGACAGAGGUCACAAGGUCCAAGCCGGGUUAAGAUCGUGGUGGUGCCAGGGUUCUAUGUUCAGGAUAUGAUCUUGAGGUGUAGAGUUAUUUGCAGGCACAAAUCUGCACCAUAAAUUAAGUGAAAUGGAACUUGGAAAUUGUUUUAAUUUCACUGUCCAUUUUAUUUAGAUUCUCUCUUCUCUGUAAGUUUGUAAAAUCCAAAUGUAUCCGGUAAUAAAGUAUAAUCGCUCAAAUUGGUUACAUCUUUUACUAACUAGAUUUUGGAUGCUUGAUAAUGAGCACUAAGUGGGCUUGUCUAUGUA